AGAAGAGGCGACUGUCAUUUAUCGGCCCCUUUAAGAGCUUCUGUCGCUGUCAUUGACGAAAUUUCCUGGUGUGAAGUGAGUCUUGCAGAAUAUCAACAACAGAUUGAAAGAUACCCCGAAUGAUCGCAUGCGAUUCUAAUCCGCAACAACGCUGCAAAUAACAUCUGACAGCUAAUGGAGUCACAUUGGUAGAUCAAUGUGUCUGCUUAGGCAUUUUACGCAGGAUUUCUCAUCGAGCUGGUAGCAGGUGGCGGCGGCGACGGAGCGGGGCGAAGCUCGAAUAUUCAUGCCUUCCUGUUAAUGAAACUUAAAUACGGAUUCCGUGCAAGGGUUGCCAGCCGCCAUGUUAAGAUAAAGACACAGAUCUCUGUGUUGAACAUGCUAAAGCGUCUGGAUAAGAUAAGGUUCAGAGGACCGAAGCGAGAUGAGUUCCUGGACCUUGCCGAGUCCCCCAACGCAUCUGAUAGCGAAUGUAAUGACGACGUCCCAAUAAAACAGCGGAGCUCUAUCAAAGACACAGAAGAGCAGCGAGACCCUGCUGGUUCAGGAACUCUCACCACGUCUGCUGCUCUCAACCAGGACUACAAAAUGUGUGAUUCAGACCGACUCAAUGAGGUCAAAGGUCACCUGGAGAUAGCCUUACUGGAAAAGCACUUUCUUCAGGAGGAGUUGAGGAAGCUACGAGAGGAGACAAAUGUCGACACCCUGAAGCAGGAGCUGGAGAAGGAGAAAUUGAGAAGAGCCGAUCUCGAGCAGAAAAUAAAUGAAAUUCUCAGAUCCAGACUUGAAGAUUCACCACCCCCACCUCCACCUCCAAAGCCACAAGUCCCUUCAGUCAAUGGAACAGGGGACAAACAGAAGGAGACCUUAAGAUCUCGGCUGUGGAAAUGGGUCUAUGAGCGCUUUGGUGUUUAUAUCGAAGACUUUCGCUUUCAGCCUGAGGAGAACACAGUCGAGACUGAGGAACCACUAAGUGCUAAAAGAUUAACUGAAAAUAUGAGACGACUCAAACGGGGUGCUAAGCCUGUAACUAACUUCAUGAGGAACCUUUCUGCCUUAUCCAGCUGGCACUCUGUCUACACGUCAGCCAUCGCCUUUAUUAUCUAUAUGAAUGCUGCCUGGCAUGGCUGGGUUAUCCCCAUGUUUCUAUUUUUAGCCAUUCUGCGGUUGUCCUUGAAUUACCUCAUUGCAAAGGGUUGGAGGAUACAGUGGAGCAUUGUGCCUGAGGUGUCCGAACCGAUGGAGCCUCCAAAGGAAGAUCUUACAGUCUCCGAGAAGUUCCAGUUAGUGUUGGAUGUGGCACAGAAAGCACAGAAUCUAUUUGGAAAGAUGUCAGACGUAUUGGAAAAGAUCAAAAAUCUGUUCAUGUGGGUGCAGCCUGAAAUCACACAAAAACUGUAUAUUGGCUUGUGGAUGGCGUUCAUCACUUCCUGUUUGCUGCCAUAUAAACUCUUAGGCUUCAUGAUUGGGUUCUAUGCUGGCAUCAAAUUCUUCAUCAUUGACUUUAUCUUCAAAAGUUGCCCGAAACUGAGGGACAAGUAUGACACACCCUACAUUGUAUGGGCCAACUUACCCACAGACCCGCAGCUCAAAGAGCGUAACAACGCCACACUGAGCAGACGGCUGUCUGGGUUCGAAAAGCAGAUCCAGCCAACGGUACCACGUGGCGCUCAAUCGGCUGGGAUGUCAUGCGGGAUUGGCCGUGAGGAGGAAAGCGGACGGGCUUACAACACCAAGAGAGGCCCGUUUCAUGAAGUCUUUAACUUGUCUGAAAAUGAGCGCCCCCUGCCAGUGUGUGAGAACGGAUGGCGAUGUUGCUUGAUCAACAGGGACAGGAAAAUGCCAACUGACUACAUCCGCAAUGGUGUCCUCUAUGUCACAGAGAAUUACCUGUGUUUCGAGAGUUCCAGUUCCCGGGCAACCUCCUCGAAAAAAAAUAAAGUCAUCAAGCUCCACGACAUCACAGAUAUUCAGAAGUACAAGGUGCUGUCAGUAUUGCCUGGAUCUGGGAUGGGGAUCUCGAUUACAACGCCAUCCACUCUGAAGCCUCUUGUGUUUGGUGCCAUGAUUCAUCGGGACGAGGCCUUCGACGCCAUCAACACUCAGUACAUGAAGAUCAUAAAUCCCACAGCAGCUACCACAGUCACAAGCCCAGAGACAUAGCUGGAUCAACAUAAGACGUAAGGCAGCCCUAUCCUCAAUGUAGCACUGUCCUAACCGCUAUAUGGAGAAGAUGGCUUCCGGAAGUUGUCCGGCCAAUCUCCAACCCAAAAAGAUGGAUUUGAGGUGAAGAAACUGCAAAAUAAUAAUAAUUUCAUAUUCUCUUUUAAAUGACGUGAGUAUUAGGAAGGGUUUUUUUAUAUAAUGUUCUCUCAAAUGGCGUACUAUAAUCUUACACAAGUGUUUGUCAGGACGGGUCUUAUUUUAUAAGGUUAGGGGUUGGUUGUGCUUCUUACUUGUUUGUCCUGUGUCCUACAACAGCGAAAUGGCACUUCAGAACAGGAGCUGGUUCUCCUUUGUGUCUCUCUGAGGGCUCUGCGUGAUCCGUGUGUUGUCAGACCAUAUAACCGUCUCUGAGCUUACCGACAUUUUCACUUAAUUGCAUCACCGCUGGCCUUGCACAAAGAAACAGCACUUAAUGUUGCUGAGAGCUUUUAGAUGUGAUUUAGGGGGAAAAGGAACAGACUUAACCGUCAACCGAAAUCCAGAUGCGCAAAGCAGCUCCCAACUGCCGACCACAACGUUCCUUGGGACGCGCCAACUUUCUCAUUAUUUGUGAGACAUAAAAACGGCCUCAUUUUAAAGGAAUCGUUCACAUGUUAACACAAUAGGAGAUAUUUAGCAGAAUGUCCAAGCUGCUCCUUUCACCCAUAUAGGAAAAUUCUGUCAACAUUUACUCACUCUUAUGUUGUUUCAACCCCAUAUGAUCUCCUGUGGGAUGCACUAGAAUAUAUUUGGGAGACUUUUUUUUUUUUUACAUAGUUAAAGUCAAUGGGGUCCAAAACAACUCUGGACCUCAUUGACUUUCAUUUUAUGGAGAGAGGGAAAAUAGGUUUUAAAAUAUCUCAUAUGGUGUCCCAUACAGGUUUGAAACAACAUGAUAUUGAUUAAAUUAUAAAAUACUUCUUGGCAGAGCUAUCCUCAUACUGGUCUGUAUCAGGGUGCUUUUUUGGUUGUUGAUUUUCUUUUUUUUCUUAAAGCACAAAAAUAUCACCAGUCUUACUCAUUAAAUGAAUGUGCACAAAUAAUAGACUGAUCAAACUAAGCAGGAAUUAUUAGCUGCUGGUGAUGUUGAUACAUUAAUUCUCAUUCCUCAUCAUUGAGCCCUGAGAUUAUUGAAGUAUUUAAGGCAUUUUGAAUAUGGUUAAUUAAAUAAUUAAUUAUUAUUAAUUAAAUUAUUAAAUUAUUAAUUAAAUGUCUUAAUUUAAUAUUUUACCCCCAAAAAAGAUUUGAUUAUUGAAGCAACCACAGGCUAAUUUCUCUGUAUGUCAUAUGUUAUGAUUCUUCUAAAAGUGUGCAUAGGGAACUCCAAAUUAACUUGAUGCAUAAAAUCUUCUUUGUUUUACGCAUUCAUAAUAUUUCUAUUUGUAACUUUUAACUAUGCAGAUUUUUACAGCUCGUUUUGGAUUAAAAGCAGGUCUUUUCUUUCUUAAGAGAAGAGGGUCUUAAGUUUAUUUGUCCCCAACACUAUUUUUUUUGCUCUUUUAAUGUUUAUGCAUUUCAAAAUGUGUUGUGCUAAAUUGCACUAGACAGUCUCUUAUUCUUUUGUUUUAGGCCUUGUUUCCCACCUGCCUUAUUCUGCCUUAUUCUUUUUUAUUUUUCAAACCAUUUGCCACUUGAAAUUUCCUUUCUUCAAAUCAUUUUGAGUCAGUAUAUGCCUGUUGGAGUUAGACUCUGGACUCCUUGGAUGCUGUUUGUUUACUAUAGAUUUUUAUAUGGCACUUUUGGGCUUAAUAAAAUGGCCAUUUAUAUAGUGAAAGAUCAUUUAGUUAGAAUAAAUAUGAUGGUAAUAUUGUCUGUUCAGAAGUAUGUAUUUGUGAAAACACAUGAAUAGUGCACCUUGGUUUUAUUAAUUUCACCUUUUAACAUUGUUCUGAAAAAUCUAUUUCCAUUUUUUUUUUUUUUUUUUUUUAAGUGGAAAAAUUGACCACCAAUGAUUUUCAUUUGCCAAAUAAAUAUGUAUUGUUUGCGCUCUGUUUCUACCCCAGAAGAGUUUCGUUUACAGACAUUUGUGUUCCACAAUAGGCUAGUUUGAUCCCUGGAGCAAUGGGGGCAUGACAAUUAGCCAUGGUUGCCUGUUAGUGAAUGUUGAAUGUCAUAAAUCAUAGUUUUUAAAUGCCUUGUUGAAACAUUUUAUUCUUUUAUUUUUAUCUACCACAUUCUUCAUCCAGCUUUAAAAAAAAAAAAGGAUUAUUGUUCCCUGGAAGUCAUUGGCUAUAGCAUGAAAGGGUGUUUUUGUAUUAUUUCACUCAGUGUAUUACUCUGUUCAAGUCGUUUUACAUUUCAAUCAAGUAUCCAUUUAGUUGGUUGUAUAGCACACAGAUGUCACAAUGUCAUUUACGUCGGUACGGCCACCCAGCAACUGGGUUUAAUAGACUUUGCAGAGAAACAACCACCGUAAAUUGGAGUCUAACUACUCAGAGACUUGAUUAAAUCUGAUGUGCUGAAUUAUGACUGGAUGUUUGUUUAUCAAACAUUUGUAUUUACACUGGAUGUACAUGUCUGGUAAACUCUUUCCUGCUUUCCUCUGAUUAGUCUUCAUUGCAGAAGAAAUAAACUCGAGGUUCUUUGUAUCCUU